GUUUCAGUGCGCCCAGCCACGAGCCGAACGCGAAAAACGAUUUUGAAAUAUUUUUUGAAAUAUUCUUGCAUCGAGCUCCUUGCAGCUAAUUGAGUUUAUAUAAUAAGCAACGCCGUGAAACCGCUGCAGCAGCACCAGCAGCCACCAUGCAGGUCUUCGAUAACAAUAUGCGCCGUGCCUCACGUCGCGCCUCAUUACGCCGUGGCUCGAUUUCGGCGCUGCCUCAGAAAUCGGCAGAGAUUCCGUGGGACAUCUUUGAGCGACUAUUUAUGCCAUUUCUGUUCUGCCAGGCGGCAGCCAUUGUCAGUUCGCAUCUGCUGCAUGCGCUGAACAUUUCCAAUAUCUCAACUUUUGCGGUAUUCGUCUGGUUCGCUCUGUCCACUGUGGGAGCCGUGCUGUUUUAUCACUUUGUGAAGGUUUCGGCCUCGGGCAAAGGUGUUCUAAUCACCGGCUGUGACGCGCCUUUGGCAUGGUAUCUGGCUAAAAAAUUGGACGAUCUGGGCUUUACGGUCUAUGCGGGCUUUGCAGCGUCCAUCGAGGACUCGGACGAGGCCAAAAUACUGAAAGAGGAGACUUCGGGACGCAUGAAGCUGUUGAAUAUUGAUGUUACCUCCGAGAAGAGCCUUUUGGAAGCGGUCCGUUUUGUCUCCCAGCAUUUACCGCACGGCGCCGAAGGCCUGUGGGCCGUGGUGCAUGGCGCCCAUUGGAUUGCACUCGGUGAACUGGAGUGGAUACCGUUUGCCGUGUUGCGCAAAAGCUUGGACCUGAAUCUACUCGGCGCCGCUCGUCUGACUCAAAUCUUUUUGCCGCUGGUGCGCCGCGCUCAUGGCCGCGUGGUGUUCCUUACCUCUGGUCUCAAUCGUGUGCCCUCGCCGGUGCGUGGCAUCCAGUGCGCCACUCAGGCGGCUGUCGACUGUUUCGCUGCCUGUCUGCGCCAGGAGAUGCGCACACGUGGCGUGGAUGUGUCUGUGGUAGCGGCGGGCGAGUUUGCACCAGGCAAUGGUUGGCUAAACGACACGGAGCUGCGCGAACAGGCCAAGCAAAUGUGGAACCAGUUAUCCUCGGAGCAAAAGAAAACCUACGGCGAGGACUACUACGAGGCGGCCAUGACAUCCGUGGAGAAAUACUCGCGCCAGGCCGCUGACAUUCAGCCCACGCUGCGCGUGCUCAUCGAUGCCGUGACUAGAACCUUCCCCAUGGCCCGCUAUACGCCCGUCACUGCCACCGAGAAGCUGCAAAUAUUCCUGGCCGAACACUUGCCGCCCUCGCUGUACGAGUCGAUCUAUGGCGAGCAAAAGAAAUUUGUCUAUUGAAACAUUUUGUUGCCCAUUUCCCUUUCCGUUUCCGUUUCCGUUUCCCCCGUCUCCACCUAUGCCCCGCACUGACUUCCCCCACUUGACGACGCCUCCGUAUAUUGUUUCCUUUCCUCGAAAUUGUUAUUGUUUAUCUACUGCUCCGCUAUGGUUUAAAGCGCAUUUAAAAUGAAGCAACGCGUUGUCACUCACCGAGCAUUUAGCGUUGCUCUUCAUAUACUAGUUAUAGCUACUCUAUCACACGUCUCACAUCUCGCUUUCUAUUCUUUGCCUUCUCAAAAUGUGCGUCACCUAAAAUUUCACUCAAUUUUUGUUCUGCUUCUGUUUAGUUCGUAGCGUGAAUUGUAAUACAUAUACAUAUAACAAUAAAUAAAACCAAUGA